AUGAGUUGGUGCUGGCAGGGCUGUUUGCAGUGUAUUUUUAUUGGCACUGUAUCAAGCAUUGAACGAAAUCAUGAACAAGUGGAAUUAGCAAGGACAGGCGAAGAUGUUUGUAUCAAAAUCGAAAAUACAACUGGUGAAGCGCCGAAGCUGUAUGGCAGACAUUUUACACAUGAAGAUACUCUUGUUAGUCGAUGUAUUUUUAUUGGCACUGUAUCAAGCAUUGAACGAAAUCAUGAACAAGUGGAAUUAGCAAGGACAGGCGAAGAUGUUUGUAUCAAAAUCGAAAAUACAACUGGUGAAGCGCCGAAGCUGUAUGGCAGACAUUUUACACAUGAAGAUACUCUUUUAACGCGAGAAACAAUAGACGUUUGUAAGGAGCACUUCCGGGAGGACUUAACGCGCGCCGACUGGCAGCUGGUGAUCAGCUUGAAAAAAGUGCUUGGCAUAUUGUAA